AUGACUGUCCAAGUUAUUUUACAAAUAUUUUCUUUAUUUACAGAUGAGUUGGAGUCACAGAUCUUCCUGGGCAACAAAAGUGAGACGGACUACUUCCGACUGUUGCAGCGUGAUGGUGACUCACUUCUCAUCGGCGCCAGAAAUAUCGUCUACAACAUCAGUGUAUACAACCUGGAGGAGAACUUUAGCCAGAGAAUAGUGUGGUACUCCAAAGAACACGAUAGUUCCGUCUGCUUCGACAAGGGCAAGUCGGUGGACGAUUGUCAGAACUACAUUCGGGUUCUUGCCAAGGAGGGCGAGGGUCAGUUCCUCGUGUGUGGCACCAACGCUUAUAAGCCGCUAUGUCGCCGAUAUGCUCAACAGUCUGAUGGCAGCUUCAACUUUACUGAGAGUACCGGUGCCGGCCGCUGCCCCUACGACCCCCGUCACAACUCUACCUUCGUCUAUGUUGACGGAGAACUGUACUCUGGAACAGUAGCAGACUUCCAGGGCACGAAUCCUCUCAUCUUCAGAUCUCCCUUGAAGACCGAUCAUAAUGACUACAAACAAUUAAAUGCACCUGAUUUUGUGCACUCAUUUGACUAUGGAGACUUUGUCUUCUUCUUCUUCCGGGAGACUGCAGUCGAAUACAUGAACUGUGGAAAACGUGUAUACUCUAGAGUAGCUCGUGUGUGUAAAGGAGACAGAGGUGGUGGACAGCAGCGGUUUAAGUUGUCAUGGACUUCUUUUCUUAAGAGCAGACUCAACUGCUCCGUCCCAGGGGACUACCCCUUCUACUUUGAUGAAAUCCAGUCGACGACAGAUGUCAUCUCCGGCGUGUAUGGUGGCGAAAGUCAUGAAAUCUUAUAUGCAGUAUUUACAACGCCUCCCAACUCAAUCCCAGGGUCAGCUGUGUGUGCAUUUUCUGUGCGCUCUAUUUUAGACACUUUUGAAGGAUCCUUUAAGGAGCAAGAGACCUUAAACUCCAACUGGUUAUCAGUCCAUCAGUCUAAGGUGCCAGAGCCCCGUCCUGGUAGUUGUGUUGAAGACAGUCAGACAUUGCCCGAGUUCAACAUUAACUUUGCCAAGACUCAUCCACUGAUGGAUGAAGCUGUUCCAGCCUUCUUUGGCCAACCUCUCCUCAUGAAAGCUUCAUUUGAUUACCGUUUCUCAAAGAUGGUGGUUGACCCACAAGUUACUUUCCUGGAUGGCAAGACUGUUGAUGUGCUCUUCAUAGCCACAGAUAAUGGAAUAAUCUUCAAAGCCAUCAACACACUUGCAUCAGAGGGUAUCAACAACAUUGAGCCUGUGGUGAUUGAGGAGAUCAGAGCAUUUGAGGACUCUGUUCCUAUUAUGAAUUUACAAAUUGCACAGCAAGCUGGGGGAGAAAGCAAGCUUAUUAUUAUCACAGAUGACGAAGUGAAGUCAAUUCCUCUACACCGCUGUCACCGAGCCACCACUUGCAGUGCUUGUGUUGGACUACAAGACCCUUACUGUGCCUGGUAUGAGGGGCAAAGCACUUGUGGCCCAUUAAGUGCUAAACUUACGGGACCUGCCUUACAAAAUAUCACCGGUAGCCACUUCCCCUGCCCCUACAGCGCUGAGAAUGAAGUAUACAAUCCAUCCACCCAGAUACAAACAACGGAGGCUCCAAGCCUUCCAGAGGUGGAGACGUGUGCCCCAUGUGUCUGUCCUGAGCCUCCUCCCUCCUCGCGUCCACCCCCUGUUACUGAAGUUAUCCCCACAGAGGGGUCUGUGGAUCAUUCAACCAUUUACGAUCCACCCUUGGAGGAGGAUAACCCAACCUUCGAUAAUAAAAUCCCUCCGCUGUCACCAGGAAAGGACAACAUUAUUCCCAACAACAAUGUUCCACAUGGUGUGUCCGAUGAUGGAGAAAUAUCCAAUGAUAUCCUCCCCGGCAAGGAAGUUGGCAUCGCUUAUGCUGAAGGAGGCAUUACUGGUCCAGUAGUUGGAGCUUCACUUGAGGGUCCACCAAUCUACUCUGCUGAAACUCUUGCCAUUGCUGUCACCACUGCCUGUGUUGCUGCCCUCGUCAUUGGCUUUAUCUCGGGCUUCCUCUUCUCCCGCAAGUGCCGAGGAGAUGAAUAUGCUCACACAUACUCAGAGACGCCUUACUUGGACUCAAAACUCAAUAAAAGAGACAAUUUAGUACCUUCAGCGGACCCAAACAUGUAUACGGCCAACAACAAACAAAUCAACAAUCUAGUGACUAACUACAAUCCCAAGAAUAUCAACGGCAAGUCCAACACCAACACCACAACGGACAGCAAGCUGCUCAAGCCUGCCAAAUGUGCCUAUAUUUGAAUGGGAGGGAUAGUCAUGCCUUGUUGUUGGCCCUAGUGUUUUUAUUUUAAUUUUUACUACGGACAGGCCUUAGCAUCGGCAUUUGCUUAGGCUUGUUGCAUAUGGUCUGAAAUUGUCAUGAUGAGAAAAUUUGUGUAGUAAGACACAAAUACCUCACUUCCCCUCUACACAAUCUGAAAGGAUGUUGUGUAUCAUUGAGGAAGUUCUGAGGUUAAUUUCUUUUCAAUAUUUUGACAAUGGAUGAUCCUUGCCAUCUGUACAGCUCAGCUUGUCGUGAAUAAAGAAAAAAGAAAGAAUAUUUAAAAAGUGUGAGGGAUCACUUCUGUUCUGCAUGAUACUAGUUCUUGUUGACAGGUUUUUGAUAUGUUGGACAACAGGUGAACUUGAUGGACAAGAAUGAGAGAGAAAAGUCAAUAAAAGGCUCAGAUAUUCAAUGUGAACUGAGAAAAUAGAUCUUUCAGAUGUAAGACCUUGGUAGCAGCAAUUGUUUGGACCCAAGGUAUUAAGUGUUGAUAAUAGAAGAGAUUAUUGAAAGUGUUGAAGUGUAACAUUCCAGUCAGGUGUUUGUGUGCUAGUGGUGGCCCCAGCUGGAACAACAGUUAAAUGCUUACCAAGGAAAUGAUAUUUAAGCUGUAUGUUAAAAGCAAAAGUGUGCACAAGUGCCAGAAAAAAUACUUUAUUGAUUUCAAGUGACAUGCACAGAAAAGGCUUGAUGAUAAAAAUUAUUUGGUGGACUGAAGGGCAUAUCAUUUUAUUUUGUAUGAUUAUUUUUUUAAGUUGCUGAGACAGGCUUUGGUGUGAGGCAAUAAUUAUUAAGCACCAAGGGAAGAAAUCUUCAUGCAAAGGAGCAAAAUUGUUAAAUUGAGGGAGUUUUUACAUAUUGGGAAGUAAUCUUAUGAAGUGCAGUGUGAAAACUGCACAUUCUCCAUAAAGUCAAAUGCUGUAUUAAAUUUUGCAUAUCAGUAAUUAGUGCAUUACAAACCUCAUUGAUUAAUGAAAACGUGUGUGUAUUGUAGGAAUUGUUGGUACAGUAGUAUGUGCUGAGCUGGUUACUCGCCAUCCUGGAUGUUAAAAUGUAUGUGUGUAAUAUCUCCUAUCUUCCUUGUUUGGCUGUUUGUCACUUCAGCUGCGGUAAGAAUGUAAAAGAAGAAUAUAGCUAAUAUUAUAUCAAGUAUAUUAAUCUCAUUUAUUUCAUCAGUUAAGCAGAUUGAGUACUUUCAAGAAGAAUCAAAUUUUUCCCACUGUUAUAUCAAGAGUUCUUUGAUACAAAGCUAAACACUAAUGCAGAAAACAUUUCAUACUGAAGUUAAAAUAGAAUAGCAAACAUGAAAAUGUGUGGGAAGGUAAAGCAUCAGGUCGUAAAUUAUACCCAAUGUUAGAUAAUGACAUAGCGCAUGACUGUGCAUCACUGUUGCUGCUGGAUUGUACGAAUCUGUGAAGGCAACCUAGUGAGACUCAUUUGUUUGGCUGAUUUAGAAAGAUGUAGAAAGGUGCUAACCAUAACCUGCAUUUUGGCAGAUUGUUUUAUACUGCAUGCAUCCCACCUUAUAAUUAUUCAGUAUUACUUGUACUUCAAUUGACAAUGGGUAUCUGUUAAUGGUCACACAUUGACUGAAAAGUUAGUUAAGUGCAGAGAGGAUAUUAUAUAUGGAAAUCAUCCUGCCAUGUAAAAGAAGUGUUAGGAAACAGCUUAGGUGCCUACAUGAGUAGCAAAAAAGAGGAUACAUUAGGUGUUGCAUCUACAUAGACGCCUUAACGUUAUUUUAUGUUAAGCGUUAUUACCUGUUUUGACUAUGUUUUCUGUAUAUGUUGUCCCAGAAUGUUUGUACAUUUGCUACUGCUGUACAUAUUGAGUGAGAGUUGUGUAUGUAAGGAUAUAACAUGAGUACGUUAUGGAUGUGUAUGAUAAAUGCUUGUGCCUACUGACAAGAUGAUGAGCUUCCCAGUGACUCUGGCAGUUUCAGAGCAAGGAUUAAAUAGGAGAUGUUGAUGCUAAAAAUGAUAAGACGGCACAUACAGAGGUCUUAGAUUAAUCAUAUAGAAUUGGGUUUCUUCAUUAUGUUUUUACUCCUUUCAAAAUUAAAUCUAAAAUACAUACAGUACCUGUAGAUAAAGGUAUUUAUGUUUGUGCAUGUGUGCUUGCUUAUAUGCAUACAUAAUAUGCAUGUAUGUGUGUGUGUGUGUGUGUGAGUGCAAGUUGUAAACUUGGUAAAUAUAAAAUAAAUUCUUUGUUUACCUUGAAUUCAGUAUGAAAAAAUAUUACUGUAUUUUUUUUUUUACAAAGAAAAUGUCAUAUUUUUCAACCUGUUUCAUUCUUGCUCUUUAUUAAGAAGCUUUUCAUUUAUUUUUGCUCCUGAUGAUAUUUACAGCGUCUUACUGAUUAUUGCUUAAUGUUUUUCAUCGAUUUUGUUGAUGUGGGGGCACACAGCAGUCCAUUUGUAGAUUACAUUAAAAGAUUUUAUAAAAUUUUAAAUUAUGUUAAUGUAAUGAUUAGUUCAAACUGUAUAACAUUUUCCUUUUUAUUAAUUUCUGAUGCAGGUUACUUUUGAGUUUCCAAGUGUGUAUUGGCAGCAUUAUUCUGUGUGCCCCAUACAUCUUGAGGCUGUAAACUGUUGACAUAUUACAACCAUAUAAAAUUUUUAAGAAAGACUUGUCUCAUGUAAUAAUAAUAUAGAUAGGAGUCAUUAUGGACCAGGAGUUUCAUCUUUAGCCUGACAAAGUAGUGCCUUCAUGAUAAUAAAGAUGAAAUAUUAGGAGAACCAAGGCUGUAAUGUUAGGAUUUAAACUGUUGUUUGUUUUAAUUAAAGAUGUUAUUUUUUUUACUAAAUGAAGAAUAGUGUGUGCAAUAUUGGAUAAACAUUAUUUGAUUUAAAAACAAUCCUAACUAAAUUACAUUAUAAAUUUUUCACUUCACUAUCAGUUACCUAAAAAUUUCCUGACUGUGAGAACGUGAUGUAUCCUUAGGUAUAUUUUUUAUUCUUGUAGCUUAGCUCUAGGUUUGUCAUCCGUUUCUUUAUUGUGUCCUGCCCGUCCCAUGUGUAUAUGUUCGGGUCUUAUUAUACUGUAUGCAUUUAGACCAGGUCCACCUAAUCAGUGCUCAUUGUCAAAUUUUCAGUCUUAGGCUAGAUUUGUAUAUAUAUAUAUAUAUAUAAUUUUAGUUGAUUUUGUAUAGUAAUCUGGACCCCUAAAUACAGUAAUGUAGUACUUUUUACUCAAAUGUACAUAAAUAUUGUCAAAUAAAUCUAUGCAAAAUUUGUAAUAAAUAAACAAGAUGGA